GCAACUCAAAUAAUCAUAUUCUCAAAUAGCAAAGCUUAUUUUCUAAUUGCUUCAACUGUCAAAUUUUCUUGUUCUUGUUCUAGUUACAUAUCAUAUAUAACCAUGGGUUUCCGUUUGCCUGGUGUAGUCCCUGCUAAGAUCCUUAAAAGGUCUCUUUCAAAUUCAAAGAAAGCAGGGUCAGUUGCAGUAGAUGUCCUAAAAGGCCAUUUUGCAGUUUAUGUUGGAGAUGUAGAAAAGAAGCGAUUUGUGAUUCCUCUAUCAUUCCUAAACCAGCCUUCAUUCCAAGACUUGCUAAGUCAAGCUGAAGAAGAAUUUGGAUUUGAACAUCCAACGGGUGGUCUUACUAUUCCCUGCAGAGAAGGUGACUUCGUUGAUCUUGUUUAUCAUUUGAACGCGUUAUGAGACUGGAGAGUGAAGACACUACUUUGGAAGAAAAGUAUGCAGAUUCAUUACUACAAUUUUGUAAAGUAGGCAUUGUCAAUACCAUAUAUAUAGAGUAGCCUUUGGUCGCUUCUCUCUGUGGAGCGGAAAAAGGCUAUCCUUGAAACAGGAAUGUAUAGAAGAAAAAUAUUAUUGCCAUUGUCAUUGCAAAUUUUUCUGUCAAAGUAUGGUCAAUUCUGAAAUUUCAAAGAACUAUUGACUUGGAAAU